AUGCCGCAAGCCCACACCCUCCAGUACUACCAGGAUGCUCAGAGGUCGCAGUCAUCGACGACCGUAUUGCAGACUCAACCACAGCUCGAAAUUAGGACGCCUUCUUCGACGCUACGCCAACACGUCGAUCCCGAAGCCCUCCCAAGGCCGGACUAUUUCGACUCCCUCGAUGAUCUUCACCUCUGGUAUCAGAUGCUACAUGGCGAUGCCCUGCAGGAUGAUCUCCGUCAGUGCGACUCUUACUCUGGCCCGUCAAGAAGACAAGCAGGCUCCAUGCAAUCGACUCCCAAGCUUGUUGUCUGUCAUGACUUCCAAGGCGGCUACAACGAGGACCCUCGCCAACAAGGUUAUUCGCUCGAGCACAUGCAUCUUGUCGACACCUUCAUCUACUUUUCCCAUAAGCGAGUCAGUAUCCCACCCGUAGGCUGGCUCACGGCAGCAGCUAGGACAGGCACAAAAGUUCUGGGCACGCUGCUCUUCGAAUGGGAGGAAAGCGUCCCUGACAUGGCUCGCCUGCUGCGUGGACCGGAGCGGAAAGCAAUGCCUUUACUAGGCGCACCCUGUUUCUCGCCACAAUACGCUAUCGAGCUUAUUGAGCUUGCACUCGAGCAUGGCUUCUCAGGCUUCCUUGUGAAUGUCGAAGUCUCGUUAGACCUCGGUUUCAGCUGUUCCGGCGAGCCAUGGUCAGCGUGGGUUGGAGAGCAGGCUAGGAUCGUCGAAAUGCACAGGAAUACAGAACGGCUUCGAGGCUGGAUGCAUUUUCUACGGGACGAAGGCACGAGGCGCUUCAUUGAGGCGGGCAGAGACGCAGAUGAGUGGGAAGUCAUGUGGUACGAUUCCGUUGUUUACCCAGACGGACAGCUUGCGUGGCAAGACGCACUCAACGAGCACAAUUACCCGUUCUUCCAGUCCGCACAUACCUUCUUCACCAACUACACGUGGGCACGACCACCACAGCCUCUUCCGCCAGGUCAACUCGUCGACCUAAAUGACGAAAGUCCGCAAACACUGCAACUGCAAGGGUAUGGUCUUUCAGGUCCAGACGAUGGUGGAUUCCACCCGCAGCUGCUUUUGUCGGCAUCGACAGCAGAUAGUGUCGAUCGUCCGCGUCAAGAUGUGUACAUCGGCAUUGACGUCUUUGGUCGCAACUGCUGGGGUGGACUCAAGGCUUGGAAAUCGUUCGACAUGAUCGGCCCGCAACGAAGCCGGAGUGAUCUAGAAGACUCUCUUGGCUUGAGUGUUGCGCUCUUCGCUCCCGGCUGGACGUGGGAAGAGGAGAGUGCAGGUCUUACGCUAACGCCCUCGCAAGUCUCACAGAAGCGAACAUGGUUCGACUGGUGGCACAUCGAUUCAGCCUUCUGGAUCGGUGUCUCGAACCAUUCUGUUCAGAAAACGCAUCGCAUCAAAAUCCUAGCACACGAAGUCAAGCCAGUCCAAAGCUACUUUAGCCGCUCCAACCUCGCCAGCGACCGUUUACAUCGACGUGCGGACGAGAGUGGCUUCUACACCAACUUCAGCUUUGGUUCGGGCACAAAGUGGUUUGACAGCGGCCAGCUCGUACAUGACUGGUCCGGAGCUUCGGGUGGAUUUACCGAUAUGGGCGUAUGCAUGCCCAAGCCGGAUCUCUUUUACGCUGAGUGGCACGACAUUCAGAAAAAGCCAGCUUCGUCAUUGGCGAAGCUGGGAGGCGUAACGUGGACAUUCGAUCACGAGAGGAUAUGGUCAGGCAACAGCUCGUUUGUCGUGUCUAUGACGACGUGUACAGAUUCCGGGGAGGAGCGAACGCAGUGGGUGCAGAUUCCGCUAUGUUCGGCAGCAGUAUCAGGUACUGCAAAUGACUGGGCAGACGAGUGGCAGUACACAGUCGUCUAUGAUGCAAACGAUGAUGUCGAAAUCGAUCCGUGCAUCACAGUUGCGCUGCUUUCGGCAGAGGAAGGCGGUGAAGUUGAGGUGGUGCUGGGCGAUGUGAACAAACGGGAUUUGGCAGGUGGUUGGAGAGCAGCAACGGUCUCUGUUCGACUGACUCGUACCAUCGGCGCUACCAACACUGAUCCCAUCGCUCUCAGUCUUGGAAUCUCCCCUCGUCUACCGCGCAACUGUUCAGCGACGGCACGAAUCGGAGCGCUGCAGCUUUGCAAAGCAUCUUGUCACAGCUCAACUUCGGGCUUAGACGUGCGUCCAGCUUCCGACCUUUUUGGCACUCCGUCGCAGGAUGGAGAAGGGAAUCGUCUGGAGGCGGCGGUGCUCAGUUGGGCCCCUGCAAAAGGACUUGCUUCAAGCACGUACUGCAAUGUCUGGGUGCAGCAGGUGGGGAACCCACAAACAAAGGUCUGGCUGGGCACGUCAACGCGCGAAGCCACGCCUUUCGAGUUUUGCCUCGCCAAUCAUCUUCCUCUUCCGCCACAUCUCGCAGAUGCAAGCGACCUAGAGUACGUCGUCACUUCGCCCGGCAUUCUUCAGCCCGUAGAGAUCGCAAAAGCGCCCGCCAAAUUGCUUUAG